AUGCUUAAAAAUUCCCACGAGGAUGACCAUCCAAUCCCAAAAAAGGCUUUCGGUCGUGUUCUAGGUGACGACCGUCCUAUAGAUGACUACGAAAAUACCGUUCGCCAGGAUGAAGCACAAAGACGCGCUCCAAGUCCACCAAACCGUGCUGUUGCCAGACGCGGAAACGCCGCUUAUGGACCGCACGAGUCUGGAAUCAAAAAGGCCGGGACGACUUCGAGUAAGUAUCGAGGAGUGAGUAAGCACUGA